CGCGUGUCUCAUUUUAUUCUGUGACUGUGAACCUGCUGCCCUAUUCACCUCGCUGCUCGUAUCAAUAUGGCGCUCGACGACGCAGACAACACCCUGGCUUCUGGGAACCACGGAGGCGACUUCGUCUCGCACCAGUCUCAGGACAACCUGAGGGAGUCAAUGGAAGAACUGUGGUACCUCAAGGAAAUCUCGUUCCGGCCGUCUCCCGACACGGAACCAAGAACACUGAAGAUCAUUACCCAGAACUACAAUGGACCGUGUUCAUUCAUCGCUAUAUGCAAUAUUCUCCUCCUCCGCUGCCAAAUCGAGAUUCAACCGCCAGAACGAGCGACCGUCUCAUAUGACUACCUCGCCCGGCUACUUGGGGAACACUUGUUGACGGCAACCUCAGGAGAGGAUACGUCUGCGGCUCUGUCCGUCAUGCCUGCUACAAGAAAGGGAAUGGACCUAAACCCGCUGUUCACUGGUGCUACUGCCUUCCGACCAGCAGGCGAAGGCGGGGAGUUGAAACUGUUUGAGCACGCCGGGAUCGAGCUCGUGCACGGUUGGCUAGCGGAUCCGGAGAGCCCUGAACACAAGAUCCUCUCCAGAACACAGGACUACGAUACGUCCGUGAAUCUGAUUGUUGAGGCGGACCACCUCACGAAGGGCCGCCUGCUCGCAUCGGAGGGGGCGCCCCCCGAGCCCGAGGCGGGCGGAAGUUCAAGUAGCGACAGCAGCGGUAGCUACGACGCACUCACACACGAUGAGCGACAGAAGGUGCAGGAUGCGAUCAUCAUCCGCGACUUCAUCGAUAAGACCCAAUCGCAGCUCACGUAUCACGGCCUUUUCACGCUUGCGUCGACGGUCGAGCCCGGCCAGUUGGUCGCACUCUUCCGCAACUCGCACCUGUCUGUGCUCUACAAGCCGCACGGGUCCGACGGCGGGCUGUAUACGCUCGUGACGGACCAGGUGUUCCUGUACGAGGCCUCGGUGGUGUGGGAGCGGCUCGAGGAUGUCGAGGGCAGCAUGUCGUCCUUCGCGGAUUCGGACUUCAUCCGCUCGAGCCCGGCGGGCGGGGACUAUGCGGGCCACACAGCCGAGAGCGCGCUCGCGGCGCUCGAAACGGAGACUGCGGCCCUGACGCUCGAGGAGCGCGGAGACGCGGAGCUAGCAAGGCAGCUGCAGGCUGAAGAAGAUGAACGUGCGCAGCAGAUCAGAGAGGCACGGCGGGCGCGGGAGAGAGCGCGGGAGGAGCUCGCAGCGUCGAGGGAGCACGUUCCUCGGUCGGCCCUCACUGAUGAUGAGAAGAAGGGGAAGAAGAAGGGAGACUGUGUCAUUAUGUGAUUUGCAGCAACUCCGGGCGGGUACCCUGGCUCAACAGUCCAUCGUUUCCACUGUGCUCCAGCUCAUUACAUUACUAGGAACUCGGAAGUUUCAUGGAUUGUAACCUACGGUUGCGCGUUUCGGAUCCCGGGAUAAAUUUUACACAGGAUUGGAUGCCGUCUGGCAGCGGCUUGUACAGCGUGGACAGAACUCGAUCCCUGAAUAUGUUGCCGGUAUACAGUCCU